AUGCUCGGCGCCGGUACAUAUGGCAUCGUCCGCGAAGCAGAUGGUCCGACAGGGAAGGUGGCUAUCAAGGUCAUUCUCAAAAAAAAUGUGAAGGGCAAUGAACAGAUGGUCUAUGAUGAACUUGAAUUGCUUCAAACCCUCCAACACGACCACAUCGUCCGUUUCGUUGACUGGUUCGAGUCAAGGGACAAAUAUUACAUUGUGACGGAACUGGCAACAGGUGGCGAGUUGUUCGACCGCAUUUGCGAGCAGGGAAGGUUCACCGAGAAGGAUGCCUCGCAGACCAUCAAGCAGGUUUUGACCGCCGUCGAUUACCUACACAACAACAACGUUGUCCACCGAGACUUAAAACCUGAGAACUUGUUGUAUCUCACGAAGGAGGCUGACUCUGACCUUGUCCUGGCCGACUUCGGUAUUGCCAAGAUGCUCGACAGUAAAGACGAGGUGCUCACCACCAUGGCUGGAUCCUUUGGCUAUGCGGCACCUGAGGUAAUGUUAAAGAAAGGACAUGGCAAACCCGUGGAUAUGUGGUCGAUGGGCGUUAUCACAUACACUCUGCUGUGCGGAUACUCGCCCUUUCGCUCAGAGAACCUACAGGAUCUGAUUGAGGAGUGCACGGCUGCUCGUGUCGUAUUCCAUGACCGCUACUGGAAAGAUGUCAGCGACGAUGCCAAAGAUUUUAUCAUGGGGUUGCUGCAGCCGAAGCCGGAAGAUCGGUGGACCAGUGAAGAAGCCAUGAAGCACAAGUGGCUGAGCGGCGAGAACGCCACCGACCACAACUUGCUGCCCGAGAUCAAGGCGUUCAUGGCAAAGGCUCGUUUGCGCCGCGGUAUCGAGUUAGUCAAGUUGACCAAUCGCAUAGAAGCUCUCAAAAUGCAAGAGGAGGACCCAGAAAACUCGGACAUGCCAACUAGUGCCCCUCCGGAGAUAGCUCAGCCUGUACUGGCGCAAUCGGAAGGGACGCCGUCGAGUGACAGCGGCAGUGGUAACAUCACGGGGAAGCAAAGACUGACCAAUGCGGUAAAAGGAGCCAUAUUCCGGGAGGUCGUCUUGGCCAAGGUGCGCGAGAUGAAGCAACAAGAGGAGGUGCGCAAGGAAGUCGGCAAGCAAGAGUCAGCAGCAAAGGAGUAG